UCCCACAAUAUAAACGGAGUGCCUGCCCAAUGACGUUAUAACUGUAGAAUGAUCGAGGGCGAGUUCUUGGUUUCUUAUGUGGGUUUAUUGUUAGGCAGUCUCAUCAACGUCCUCCCAGCGCGGCAACAGCACACAACAACAGCAGUCACGUUUUCGUCUACCGUAAAGCAGUUCGUCUGCCGUAAACAGCAAUGUUGUGACACUCUUAAACAGGACCGUACUACCAUUUUUUUUAAUUUAAGUACCGCUUAAUCAGAGCAAAGCAUUAUGGGGUGAAAAAAAAGAAGAUAAAGAAGUAAAAUACAGCACUAUGUCAUCAGUUUCUAAUUUAUUAAAUUGUAUAACAGUGCAAAAUAUUGCUAAUUUGUCAAUCAAUCAAUCAAUGAUUAUUUAUAUAGCCCUAAAUCACUAGUGUCUCAAAGGGCUGCACAAACCACGACAUCCUCGGUAAAGCCCACAUAAGGGCAAGGAAAACUCACACCCAGUGGGACUCACACCCAGUGGGACGUCAGUGACAAUGAUGACUAUGAGAAACCUUGGAGAGGACUGCAUAUGGGGACGGCGUGGCGCAGUGGGAGAGUGGCCGUGCGCAAUCCGAGGGUCACUGGUUCAAAUCCCACCUAGAACCAACCUCGUCACGUCCGUUGUGUCCUGAGCAAGACACUUCACCCUUGCUCCUGAUGGGUGCUGGUUGGCGCCUUGCAUGGCAGCUCCCUCCAUCAGUGUGUGAAUGUGUGUGUGAAUGGGUAAAUGUGGAAGUAGUGUCAAAGCGCUUUGAGUACCUUGAAGGUAGAAAAGCGCUAUACAAGUACAACCCAUUUAUCAUUUAUUAUAUGUGGGCAACCGAAAGCAAUGGAUGUCGGGCAGGUCUAACAUGAUACUGUGAAAGUUCAAUCCAUAGUGGAUCCAACACAACCGUGAGAGUCCAGUCCAAAGUGGAUCCAACACAGCAGAGAGAGUCUCAUCCACAGUGGAGCCAGCAGGGAACCAUCCCAAGCAGAGGCCGAUCAGCAGGGCAGAGAUGUCCCAGCCGACACACAGGCGAGCGGUCCAUCCUGGGUCCCGACUCUGGACAAGCGGUCCAUCCUGGGUCCCGACUCUGGACAGCCAGUACUUCAUCCAUGGCCACCGGACCGGACCCUCUCCAGUGGGACAGAGGAGAAAAAGAAAAGAAACGGCAGAUCAACUGGUCUAAAAAGGGAGUCUAUUUAAAGGCUAGAUCAGGGGUCGGGAACCUUUUUGGCUGAGAGAGCCAUGAAAGGCAAAUAUUUUACUUUGUAUUUCCGUGAGAGCCAUAUAAUAUUUUUUAUCACUGAAUACAACUAAAUGCGUUCAUUUUUAAGUAAGACCAAACAUUUUCAAAGUAUUAUAAGUAUCUCCUUCUUUUUAAUAACGUUUUUCUGAAAUUAACCAAUAAUUAAUAAAAUAGUUUUUACCAUUAAUGCGACUUCUUGAACAAGUGGGGUAGAAAAUGGAUGGAUGGAUUAAAACGUAUGAGAAUGUUUUAUAUUUUGAACGUUAUUUUUCACACUGAUACCAGCGGAAUUAUUCAUUACUUAUCGCUGUGUUUUUCAACCGCUGUGCCAUGGUACACUAGUGUGCCAUGAGAUACAUUCAGGUGUGCCGUGGAAGAUUAUGUAAUUUCACCUAAUUGGGUUGAAAUAUGUUUUUCAAACCAGUAAUUAUAAUCUGCAAAAGUGUCUUUGUUGAGUGUCUGUGCUGUCUAGAGCUCGGCAGAGAAACCGUGUAAUACUCUUCCAUAUCAGUAGGUGGCAGCAGGUAGCCAAUUUCUUUGUAGAUGUCAGAACAAGGUAUGUCGUGAUCCCAAUAUGCGGGAGGCAGCGUGUAGGUAAAAAGGUGUCCAACACUUAAACCAAAAAUAAACAAAAGGCGAGUGCCGCUAAAAAAAGGCAUUGAAGCAAAACGAAUCUAAAACUGAACUGACUGCAAAGUAAACAAAAACAGAAUGCUGGACGACAGCAAAGACUUACAGCGUAUGGAGCAGACGGCGUCCACCAAGUAAAUGCGUACAUGACAUGACAAUCAACAAUGUCCCCACAAAGAAGCAGUGCGUCCGCACAACUUAGUCUUGAUUGCGAAAACAAGGCAGGUGCGGGGAUUAGCAUUCAAGGAAUACAUGAAACUGCUACAGGAAAAUACCAACAAAAGAGGAAAGGCCACCAAAAUAGGAGCGCAAGACACAGGAAAACACCAAAAAACUAAAUAAUUUACAGCAUGAUCUGAUAGGUUGUGACAGUACACCGACAUUGAGACAAGAGCUAUAUUGUUGCAUGGUUGGUUAUGGUUUGAAUUCAUAUCAAACAAUUGCGAGAAUGAUUUUUUAUUGUCGGUAUUGGCUACUGAGUUUAAUUUUUUUAAAUUUUCUGCUGGAGGUGUGCCUCAGAAUUUUUUCAAUGAAAAAAAUGUGCCUGGGCUCCGAAUAGGUUGAAAAACACUGACUUAUCGUGUUAAGCAAUGUCAGCUAAGAUUUAUCUGAGAGCCAGAUGCAGUCAUUAAAAGAGCCACAUCUGGCUCUAGAGCCAUAGGUUCCCUACCCUUGAGCUAGAGUAUACAAAUGAGUUUUACGUUGAGACUUAAAUGCUUCUACUGAGGUAGCAUCUCGAACUAUUUAUAGUGUUUUUUCUUGAACUAUUUGGAAAAAAAACAUAUAAAAAUAACUAAAAUCUUAUUGAAAAAUAAACAAGUGAUUCAAUUAUAAAUAAAGAUUUCUACACAUACUGCAACGAGAUGGCGAUGUGUCCAGGGUGUAACCCGCCUUCCGCCCGAUUGUAGCAGAGAUAGGCACCAGCGCCCCUCACGACCCCAAAGGGAAUAAGCGGUAGUUAAAUGGAUGGAUGGAUAGCUGUAAAUAUACUCCUCCCCUCUUAACCACGCCCCCACCUCCCGAAAUCGGAGGUCUCAAGGUUGGCAAGUAUGCUGGUGUUUCUAGACGUAGAAAAGACUCAGAGUGAGACCUCUUCGCUGUGUGCUCUUUGGGUCGCUUAGCAACGCUCAACCUCCACAAAGGCAGCGCUUGAGGACGGCGAGCUGCCGACACGAUGACGUCGCCUUUCAGGUAAGACAGACGUCGAGCAUGUCACGCGUGACGCCACACGUCGGCGUCGCGGCCUCCCUCCCGCCGAGCGGCGAGCGUCUCUCCGCGGCCGAGGUCUCACUCGUGUGCGAGAGCGCGGCGUGCGAGCGCGUCCGCCUGCUGUGCGCGCGCGGCUGCCGCCUCAGCGACGCCGACUUCGGCCGCGUGUGCGCCAGCCUGGCGGCGUCGCACUCUCUGGCUCAGCUCAACCUCAGCCUCGGCGUGGUGGGCGGGGUCGACAGGACGCUGCGUCUGGCCCACGCCCUCGGCGCCAACCGCUCCCUGCACACCUUGCUUCUCCACGGCAACCCGCUGUCAGACAGCGGCCUGUUGACGCUAAGCCCCGCCCUUUCCGCCCACCCGGCCCUGGUCAGUCUGGACCUCGGAGACUGCAAGCUGGGGGACGCGGCGCUGCGGCUCGUCUGCGGGAUGCUGCCGCCCGACGGCGCCAAGUCAGGGCUGAAGGAGCUAACGCUAAGCGCUAACCCGGACGUCAGCUUCAAAGGGUGGUCCGGUCUCGCCAUCGCCGUGGCUCAUAGUUCCCAACUCCGAGUCCUCAACCUGGACUACAACGAACUCGGUGAUCAGAUUGCCGGCAUGCUGGCGGUGGCGGUGGCGUCCAGUAGAACUCUGGAGGUUCUGGACCUGGAGGGAACCGGACUCACCAACCAGUCGGCACAGGUGUUCCUGGACAUGGUGGAGAACUUCCCGACCAGCUUGCGGCUUCUGGUUCUGAGCGAGAACCAGGUCAGUCCCGCGCUGCAGCGAAUGAUCGCGGACCUGCUGACUGAAGGCGAGGAGGAGGAUGACCGACGGGGCCCUCCCCUUGGAUUAGACCCCGCCUUCAGCUCCAAGCCUCUUCCAAUGAGGGACAAGAAACAGACCCCCUCUGACUCCGACCCCCAGUCGGUCAUGCUCACCUCGCUAAAUGACAGCUUAUUGGCUGAGACUGACAUGUGACCCCGCCUCCACAACACACACACUUCCUGUUUGUGAAAUCAGCCAAUCGCACGGUAUGUUGCUAUGUCCCCCAUGAAUAAAACAGGAAGUGCCUGA